UCUCCCCAUUCUUAUUUCCACAAAAUGAGUAACAAUUACCAGAGAGCCCCACAAGACCCUCCUUAUCCUCCACCGGGAUACGGAUCUCUUUACCCACCACCACAGGGUUACCCGGUAACACAACUUCCACCGGGUUACCCAUCAGCACCACCGCCACCUGGUUACGAAAGCUACCCUCCUCCACCGCCACCUGGUUACGAAGGCUACUCUCCGCCGCCGCCACCUGGUUAUGCAACAACCUACCCGCCGCCUCAUCCUCAAUACCAAACCUACCAAGGCUAUUUCAAUAAUGGAUAUCCUCCUCCUAAUUACAAUUGUCACCAUGUUCAGCAUCAUUGCCACGAAGAUAAUAACAAUUCCUGUUUCUCUUCUUUCUUCCAAGGCUGCUUUGCAGCACUCUGUUGCUGUUGUUUUCUAGAGGAGUGCUGUUUUUGAUGAUCACAAUGAAAGUUGUGUCUUCAGUUUGGUGCACUUGGCUGGUUAUAUAGCUCUCUGGAUAAAUGUUGCUCAAAUGUUAUGUCUUGCUUGAUUUGUGGGGGAUCUAGUGUUAGUCAUUCCUGUAACUCAUGGUCUUUACCCUUGCCUUUUUUAGGGUUGUUCAUAGUUUUUGUGCUCUGGUCUUUGUGAAUCUGUGUAUGGAUGCUUAUUAUGUAUUGGAAACAGUAAACAGCAGUUGCUGUGUGGAAUUACAACCUAAAUUAUUAAUACACCUUGAUAUAUUCUGUAAA